GGUCAAAUAACAGCCUCAGAAGUUUUAGCCCUUGCUGUCAGGGAGCUCUGGCGUAGGCUGGUCCAUGAGGUCAUGUAAGGUCGGAAGCAACUGAACGAAUAAACAACAAAAUCGGGACUGGAGGCAGAGGAAGAAAGGAUAUUGCUUCCUUUGGAGGAAUGGAGCCAUCAGAGAAAUAUCUAUUCAAACACAAAGGAUCCUAUUUUGUUCAAAGUCUGGCUACCCCAGAAUACAUUGAUUCAUUGCGGGAUUUUGAAAUCAGAGACAGUGAUGUGUUUAUAAUCUCUUAUCCGAAAUCAGGCACCAUGUGGACACAGCAUAUUUUGAGCAUGAUAUAUCAUGAAGGUCAUCGAAAUGGGACUGAAAGCAUGGACCUCUUAGACAGAGCUCCAUGGUUGGAAUAUAAAAUCCGCAACAUGGAUUUCGCCAGUCGCCCAUCACCUCGUCUCUUUACUACCCACAUGCACCACCAAUUUGUGCCAAAGGGUUUAAGUAAUGGGAAAAACAAGAUUAUUUAUGUGAUGAGAAACCCAAAGGAUGUUUUGGUGUCCUUCUAUCAUUACUCCAAAGUUUCUGUCCAACUUGAAGAAGUACGAGACUUUGAUACUUUCAUGGAGAGGUUUCUGGCUGGUAAAAUGCUAGGUGAUUUAUGGUUAGACCACGUAGAAGGCUGGCUUGCUCAGAAGGACAACUUCAAUAUUCUGUUUCUUACUUAUGAAGAAAUGAAGAAGGAUCUGAGAAGCUCCAUUCUGAAAAUUUGCAACUUCCUAGGAAAGAGUUUGAAUGAAAACCUGGUGGAUGAUAUUAUAGCUAAGGCUUCGUUUGACAAAAUGAGAGCAGAUCCUAGAACAAAUGCCGAGAACCUACCUUCUGAUAUGUUAGAUCACAGCAAAGGACGUUUCCUCCGCAAAGGUACUAUUGGAGACUGGAAAAAUACAAUGACGGUGGCACAGAGUGAAAGGUUUGACAGUGUUUUCAAGGAACGGAUGGAAAAGCUGCCCUUCAAGUUCUGCUGGGAUAUCAAGGAUGAAUUAUAAAUCAAGAUGAAUGAACCUUUCUCAUUUGCAUUGCCUGCUUUUAAUUUGGUGAAUCUCAUAUUUGUCCCACCCGAGUAUUUAUUUCUUGUUUUGAUCAGAGAACUGUAUUGCAAUGUUCAGAAAAUUGCAAACCAUGACUAGAUUAAGAGUAACAUUAAGAUAGUUUAUUGUUUACAAGAUGUGAAUAGAAUCAGAUUCUGUGUAAAUGGUGAAAUAAGGGAAUAAUCUCAAUCUCUAAUGAGGAGGCAAUCACAAAUUAAUCAGGAAUUGAUUAUAUUUAAAUGUUAUAUUUGGUAUAAUGUUCAAUGCACUACAAGAGAAUUACAAAGAAAAACAGAUUAAUUGCAUUAUAGAUUCUAUAUUUUUUGGAAAAUGUAAAUUUUAAGGGAUACUAUGUCAAAAGUGAAAUUUAUUCACAAACACUCAUCAAUGAGCCAAUGCUGGCUUAAAAAGAAAACUAUUAACAAAAUAAUUUUUCGAAUUGUCUGUUUAUAUCAUUGUAGCAUACUAAAUACAAUAACUUAAAAGAUGAAAUAUUUUAUCAUUAUACUGGCAUCUCACUUUCUUCCCAAAUGUAUUCUCUUGAUGCCCUUAGAAAUUGUAUUUCUGAGACAAAUGUGAGCUUUUGAAAGUGAAUUUUUGGCAGGGAUGUCGAUGCUGGUACAAAGAUCUUAUUUAAACAUUCAUGUGGGUUAUAAUAAAACUAUAUAUAAUAAAACUUUAUUUGUAACCUGCCCUCUCUCCCCGAAGGGACUCAAGGCAGACUCAGGGUUGCAGACCUGAUUAAAAAAGGGGGCUUUAAAAGCACUCAUGCAGGUGUGAUGUAUUGUGCAGUUUGGUUUUAAGAAACCCACACAUUUUACAUGGUAUUUCAUGUUAUAUGUAUUCUGAACUGUUAACUCAAGAUAUCACUGUAUGUUUAAUUCCUGUGACCGAGCUCUUAACUCAAAUUGUAACAGCAAGGCAAAACAUGUACAAUGCAUAGAACAAUAAAAAAGAAAGGUCGACUUUAAAAUA